AUGUUGACGCAGUAUACCAUAAAUGACGCCAAAAUGGAGAAUAGAAUGCCCCUUGUUGCCCGCCGGCUUGAAGAGGAAAAGGUCUUGAUGGUGACAGAUGUUGUGCUGAAAUCUAUGCAGGCCUUUGGCGUGAGCGUUGAUGCCCGUAGCAACCUCCAGACUAUUACAUACGGGAUCUGGAUACAUGAGGUCCUAGUAGUUGUCUAG